AUGUCCUGGCAACCGUCGACCGACUCGCUGAGGCAGCUCGCUGCCUGCCUCAAGGAUUCCCUCAGCGGAUUCGACAAGAAUGCGCAGAAGCAGUCUGAGCUCAUGCUCGAGCAAGCCAAGGCAGCCCCCGACUUCAACAACUACCUAGCCUUCAUCUUCUCGAGUGCCCAAUCUCCAGAGGGAGUUCCCUACAAUGAGCAAGAGUAUCACCUGGUCCGUUCGGCGGCCGGAAUCAUGCUAAAGAACAACGUGCGGACCGAGUGGAAGUCCUUCUCGCCCUCGAACCUGGAACUCGUCAAGCUCGCGGUCCCCAUGUGCCUGCAGGACAAGAACUCGCAGAUCCGCAACUUUGCCGGAAACAUCGCCACCGAGAUCAUCCAGCGCGGUGGACUGCUCGGCUGGCCUGAGCUGCUGCCCCAGCUGCUCGACCUGGUUGGAAACGCGUCGGGCCGGUCGUCCAACGAGGCCCAGGAGGGUGCCAUGUCGGCCCUGUGCAAGAUCUGCGAGGACAACUUCCGGGCCCUCACGAAGGAGGUCAACGGCCAGAGGCCACUCAACUACGUCCUUCCCCAGCUCAUUGCCGCCACCAAGAGCCCGCUGCCCAAGGUCCGCGCCUCGGCCCUGACGGCCAUCAACGUCUUCACCCCGCGCAACUCGCAAGCCAUGUUGAACUCGGUCGACGACCUCCUCCAGCAUCUCUUCAUCCUAUCGAGCGACGCAGACCCGGACGUCCGCCGCCAGGUCUGCCGCGCCUUUGUCAACCUGGUCGAGACUCGGCCGGACAAGCUGCAGCCCCACAUCGAGGGUCUGGUCGACUACAUCCUCAGCCAGCAGACGAGCGAGGACGAGGAGCUCGCGUGCGAGGCGGCCGAGUUCUGGCUGGCCAUCGGCGAGCAUCACAACCUGUGGAAGGCCCUCGAGCCCUACAUCAACAAGAUCAUCCCCGUCCUGCUGAGCUGCAUGGUGUACAGCGGCGAGGACAUCGCCCUGCUCGGAGGCCUCUCGGACGACGAGGAAGAGGAGGACCGCCAGGAGGACAUCAAGCCGACCUUUGCGCAGAGCAAGAAGGGUCGCCUCGGCGCGAAGAAUGCCGACGCGGCGGACGCCGACGGCGCCAAGCUGGGCGGCGGCUACGCCAAGGUCGGCAUGGACGACGACGUCGAGGAGGGAGAGGUUGACGGGUUCGACGACGGAGACGACGCGAGCCCCGACGAGAAGUGGACGGUGCGCAAGUGCUCGGCGGCGGCGCUGGACGUGUUUGCCAGCGACUUCCACGGCCCCGUCUUCGAGGCCAUCCUCCCGUACCUGUCGCAGAACCUCAAGCACGCGGAGUGGCCUCAGCGCGAGGCGGCGGUGCUGGCCCUGGGCGCCGUGGCCGACGGCUGCAUGGACGCGGUGGUGCCGCACCUGCCGGAGCUGGUGCCGUACCUCAUCUCGCUCCUCGAGGACCAGGAGCCGAUCGUGAGGCAGAUCACCUGCUGGACGCUCGGCCGCUACUCGGAGUGGGCGGCCAGCCUGGAGGACCCGGCGCAGAAGGAGCAGUUCUUCGUCCCCAUGAUGGACGGCAUCCUCCGCAAGAUGCUGGACAGGAACAAGAAGGUGCAGGAGGCGGGUGCGUCGGCGUUUGCCAACCUGGAGGAGAAGGCGGGGGCGAACCUGGAGCCGUACUGCGGGCCGAUCGUGCAGCAGUUCGUGCGCUGCUUCGGCAGGUACAAGGACCGCAACAUGUACAUACUGUACGACUGCGUGCAGACGCUGGCCGAGCGCCUGGGCCCGUUCAUGGCGCGGCCGGAGCUGUCGGGGCAGCUGAUGCCGGCGCUGAUCGAGAGGUACGGUGCGGUGACGGACCAGUCGCGGGAGCUGUUCCCGCUGCUCGAGUGCCUGUCGUACGUGGCGCUGGCGCUGGGCGACUCGUUCUCGCCGUACGCGCCGACCAUCUUUGGGCGGUGCGUCGGCAUCAUCCACAACAACCUGGAGCAGACGCUGACAGCGGCGAGCAACCCGGGGAUGGACCAGCCGGACAAGGAUUUCCUCAUCACCAGCCUGGACCUGCUGAGCGCCAUCAUCCAGUCGCUGGGCGAGGCCAAGUCGCUGGAGCUGGUGCGGUCGCCGCAGCAGUCCUUCUUCGAGCUGGUGGGCUUCUGCCUGGAGGACCCGGCGGACGAGGUGCGGCAGUCGGCGUACGCGCUGCUGGGCGACUGCGCGCGAUACGUCUUCCCGGAGCUGCAGAAGUACCUGCCGACGGUGAUGCCGAUGCUGGUCAAGCAGCUGGACAUGGACAGCGUGCUGGACGAGGACGUCGAGGCCAGCUUCGGCGUGGUCAACAACGCGGGCUGGUCGUGCGGCGAGAUCGCGAUGCAGUAUGGCGAGGGCAUGUCGCCGUGGGUGCCGGACCUGAUGCAGCGCUUCGUCGAGAUGCUGUCGAACCCGAGCGUGCCCAAGGGCCUGCAGGAGAACGGGGCGAUCGCGCUGGGCCGGAUGGGCCUCGCGUGCCCGGAGCAGAUGGCGCCGCAGCUCGGCGUCUUUGCCGAGGACUUCCUGGCGGCCAUGGUCGAGCUCGAGGACUCGGACGAGAAGGCGACGGCGCUCAAGGGCUUCUCGAUGGUGGUGGCGCAGAACCCGCACUCGAUGGAGAGCAUGCUCAAGAAUUACUUCGUCACCAUCGCUCGGUACGACGACGGGAAUCUGGAGGAGCCUCUCAAGACGGAGCUGCACGAGGUGUUUCAGAAUAUCCUCUCGGCUUUCAAACAGAUGAUGCCCCAAUUCGGAGACUUUAUCAACCAGCUGCCCCAGGAGGAACAGCAGAGACUGACGCAAAAAUUUACGAUGUGA